AUGGAGUGGCAUAUGAAGGCAAGUUGCUCUUGGAUGCUAAAGAAGAUAUUGCAGUGCAGGGAGAAAGUUCACAAUACGACAUAUUGGCAAGAAGCUGUGCAGAAUCAGAAAUAUAGUACAGCUCGUAUGUAUCGGGAACUCCGUGGACCACAAGCUGAAGUCAAUUGGAAACAUUUGAUGUACCACAACUAUGCACGGCCUCGAGCGCGAUUUACACUAUGGAUGGCGCUAUUGGGCAGGUUUGCAACCAAGGACAGAAUAGGGCGGUUUGGAGUAAGCACGAAUGGUAAAUGCUGCUGGUGUACCCAAAUGGAAACUCUUGACCAUAUCUUGUUUGAAUGUAAAACCACUUAUGCAAUAUGGAAACAUAUUUUAGAGUGGAUGAGAUGUAAUAGAAAGCCUGAAUGUUGGAGUAGGGAGAAAGAAUGGCUGAGUCAGGAGGCUAAAAAGAAAGGAUGGAAAGGCCAGAUCCUAAAGAUUGCGACGGCGGAAACAGUUUAUGAGAUUUGGCAUAACCGGAAUGAUAUCUUUUUCGGCCACAACACUGUGGACAAUAUUGAGGAUAGAAUCAAGAAUAAUAUAGUGAUAAGGUGUACUAUGCAUAGAAAGCUAGGAGGUCAUGUUGAUAUUUCUAAUCUAAGCAUAGUAUAA